AUGGUGACGACCAAAUCCGUCAAUCACCAAGCGUCAGAAAAUGAACUGACUUCAAGCCCCGAGGCUGGCUCUCGAGGGUUUGUUGCGGUCAAUCAUGCGUCUAGCAAUGAGAGCGACUCGAGUCAACUCUCGUCCCCACAAGAUCGCCUUCCCAGAGGCGAAGUACCCUCGCAUGCUCCAAAUGGCAUGUACCCUCUUCCAAAUGGCCAAGAUGCCAACGCCCAGAAACGCAAACGAUCUGAAUCGAAUGGAGUCGUGCAAUAUGCACAACAGCGACAACAUGAAUACAGUCCCUCCAGGCAACCAGAACCACAGCAUAUGGCCAAUCGAGCACUACACGUCUUGGGGAAUACGGACCCUAAUGGUACAGCAUAUUAUCCAAACAGUACCAGUGUCGAUCAGAAUGGACACACGUGGCAAACGGAAAGACCUUCGCAGCCAACUCCGGCUUUAAACGGAGUCCGGCCAAACACGUCUGAGGCCCAGUUGGCUGAAGUGUUGCAGCGCGAGACGCACGCACAGGAAACCCAGCCGAAACCUUGGGACCUCCAACCCAGUACCAAUGGAGACGUCAAUCCUGAUCAGUAUGGCCCAGACGGCGCGACCAUUGGGACGCCUGCUCAAAAACGAAAACGCAACUUUGCCAACCGCACCAAAACAGGUUGCAUGACAUGCCGCCAGAGAAAGAAGAAGUGUGACGAGCAGCACCCGAUCUGUCGCAAUUGCAUUCGAGGAGGAUUUCAGUGUAAGGGCUACAAUAUGGGCAGACGCAUCUGGCCGGCCAAGCCUGCGCCGGUCAAGGUCCCUGUACCUCUCCAGUCAAAGGACGGCCCGGGUGACGUGUCUGAACCAUCGGCUUAUCAGGUGCCCAAAAAUGAUUCCCCUGACAUGAAUCGUCCACCUGGACAAGGCGGUCAAAUGCAACCAAUGCAAAUGGAUGACCACGACAACCCACGCCAACAACAUUAUGCGACGAGUCCUCAGAAUGAACCACUCGGUCGACCAUCGCCCUACCCGGGACAACAGCCACCUCCACCUUCACAACAACAGUGGGCAGCACAACCAAGUCAGACCUCUUAUACAUCAGACCAUCUUCCUCCUCUUGCGGAACUUGGUCGCUCAGACACGUCAAGUGCACACCCCAGAGAUAUGUCGCGACCACCAGCUCAAGGCACACCCCAUACUCAGCACUCUUCUAUGACUCCGUCACACCAAACCCAACCUCCGGCGCCGCCACACCAUCCUCUUCAACAUGCACCGCCGCCGCCGCCACCACCACAAACCGGGCCGCCAAAUAUCUCGCACACUUCGGGCCCAGCUACACAACAUCCAAGCCACUGGGGUCCACCGCAACAGCCCGACUAUCGACAUACAUACGCUCCCCCGGGACCCCCUGCACCAGAGCAUCAUACGCCUCCAAGUCAUGUUCGGAUGACGUCGGCUAGCUUUGAUCAACCCAAAUCCGGUGCCAAGACCUUCAACAAGGAGGACGUGGAACGCUCCAAGAUGCUGAGAGGCACCUACUACAACCACUUCGAUGCGACCUUGCAAAAUGAGCGUCAGCGUUGUGCGAAAGCGCUUGCGCGAUUCAAUGAAGCGAGCAAGUUCGACUCGGGACUCGGCCCAGAGGAGAUUUGGAACGUUUUGCUGAAAGUGUUUGAACCGUGGAGAGACACCACCCACAAAUUCCUCUCACCCUUAACUAUACAUGGAGUCCUCAGCCCAGGAGUCGUCAUCGAAGCCCCAUUCCGCUGCACCUAUGGUUACAACAUCAAGAUGAUGGACUGUGUCUACGUUGGAUCGAACACGAAGAUUGACGAUGCCGGCAAAGUUGAGAUUGGAGCUCGAGCGUGGAUUGGGCCGAAUGUGACCAUUCUGACUACGGACGUGGGUAAAGAUUUGGUGUAUCGCCGUGGCAGUGAGGCAGCAUGGAUCGCUCAGCCGGUAAUCAUCGCGUCGGAAGUGAUCAUUGGCGAGGGUGCUGUGAUCUAUCCAGGCGUCAGGCUUGAGAAGGGUUGUACCGUUGAACCAUUUGCGAUCGUUCGCGACAACUUGAGGGAGAAUGAGGUUCAAAGAGCUGCUGUUGGAGAGCGAAUUGCUCACCUCGUCUAG